AUGACGCGCGUACUAUCGUAUGGCCAUAUACCUGACGAGCUCGUUCUCUUGAUCUUCCGUCUGCGGGACAAGAAUGACAGUAGUUUCAACCACGCGUUGGUCUGCAAACAAUGGCAUCAGAUGGCUUGUCUCACGCAGACGGCUGUUUCCAACCAUUCUGGUCGUCGUAUCACAAUCGCUGAGCUUCUCCGAUCCGUUUCCAAGUUCACUAAUUUAACAUCUCUGACGAUUUUCGGAUCCAGAAUAACCGACUUAGGCGACUGUCUCCUCGCUGGACUAGGUUCCGUUUGUCCGAAGCUGACUCAUCUAGCGCUCGACAAUCAGGAAGAGCACUUCGCUAUAACGACUGCUGGCCUGGAUGCGUUGUUCGCCAGCUGUACCGGGCUGCAGUCCCUCUCCAUCAACAUUCUCGACGAGUUCUUGUAUGAUAGCUUCUUCUCGGUUUCUUCUCUGGAGGUAGUUGAGCUCGUGGACUGCAAAAACCUUCGCAAUUUUCCCACUUACGUAUUUGGCCUAGUUCGUCUCGAGCGGGUUCUCAUACAAAACUGCCCAAAGAUUACUUCCCUUCCGCGCUCCUUCGGCCACCUUCCUAGUCUCCGCUAUUUGGCCAUCGAGGAGUGCGAAAAUAUCGGCCGUCUCCCACAGAGCAUUGGUCACCUCUCAUCCCUUGAGCGUCUUGACCUAUGCCAGUUAGAAGCCUUUUCGGUUCUUCCCAGCACAAUCCAUAUGCUGUCCAGCCUCCGAGCUAUCGUUCUGCGAGACUGCAGGAACAUCUUUACUCGUCCUGAAUUCUCGCUCCACCUCCAUCGCUGUACCGGCUUGCAAUCUCUGGAGUUCCACUGGCCGGCUAACUGUUCUUGUGAAGAGGAUCGCCCAGGUGUCACAACUAUGGAUGAGGGACUUAUGUAUUCCCUUUGCCGAGUGUCCAGCCUCUCUACUCUCCUUUUGUUUGGCUUUCCCACCCUCAGCACGAUUCCCGAACAGCUCGAGAAUCUUUCACAGCUAGAGCGGCUGGAGCUGCAUUCGUGGCCCAGCCUAAGGAGCUUGCCUGAUUCCAUCACCAAGCUCUCCAAGCUCAGAACACUUGUCAUCUCUGGGUGCCCAAAUUUCAAGGAUUGUGCUGCUGUAAUUCGUGCUCUGCCGAAUGUGAGUGUGAAUGUGUUGGAAGGUAGUAACUGA